CACAAUUAAGGUUUUGGAACGCAAUUCUGAGUGAUUUAAAAUGUAAACAUGUGGUCGCUGUUCGUAAAAGUGUUUAUGAAGUAUUUGGAAGUAUCUGUUCUCUACGCAUAUGCAAGAAAUUUUUAAAUUCCGCAAAGAAUGUCAAUAAACGACAACCGGUUAUACAUGGUGAAUGAUAUAUUUAACAGAAUGUCUAAGGAAUUUGUUACUGUCGAUGGCAAUGUGAGGAAGAUUCAGAAGGAGACCUUAACUCCUUACAAAGUGGCGACUGUCAUUUUAAUUAAGGAAUAUUGCAAUGACAAUGACAAAGAGAUCAUGGAAAGACGUAACUUCUGUUUAGCAUCAUUAAAGUUAAUUCAGUCAGCAGACAUGGAAUUAGAUGCCUUGCUAAAUAUGAUGUAUGAGCCAGAAUACUCUUUACAUCGUUUUGCGGAUCGACUGGAAAUAAAUCUAGAUGCUAUACAUGAGAAAGGAGUAGAUGAACUAUUAGAUCUAUUUGAUAAUCUUCGUCGAUUAAUGGAAUCUAAGGAUCAUGCACUUGCUUUACCAGCAUUGAGCAGAAAUUCUGUUCUUGGAUUGUAUGUUCGUAGAAUGCUCAUUUUUUUUGAGAAAUUGGCUUUUGAUCAAGUGGUUGCUCUCUACAAUGAUAUGGAGAAAUAUGUCGUGAAGAAAAUUGAUAUGGAAAACUUGGAUGUUUCUGCAAUAUCUAAACCAGAGGAUUUUAGUCCGGAUAAUAAAGUAAAAACAAUUUGGGGUGGAAGACAGGCAGAAUUGCUUGUGGCACAGCAAGCUCAUGCUUUACAAACUGAUGAACAUAAAGCAUUGCCACCGGUAGAAUUGCAAGCUCUCGUACAAGAUCUUUUAAAAUCUAAUCCUUACAACGCAGAUGCUCAUUACUUGAGUUAUUUGAAUUGCAUCCGCGUAAAUGAUUUUUGCGGUGCCGUGGUCAGUUUGUAUCACUGUUUUGAUAGACUGGCCCCUUUGGAGAAUCGAUCCACACCUGAAGAUCGAUCUCGUACCUUCCGAUAUGCUGCACUCAACUUGGCCGUCUUACACGCUCAAUUUAAUCAUAAGGAAGUAGCACAGUACGCUUUGAAGGAAGCUAUUAAAUUAGCUCAAGAAGCUGGAGAUAAUGUAUGCUUGCAACUUGCACAUUCUUGGAUGUCCUAUUUGAUCAAUGAGGAGAAUAAAGGACCUCUCAUAGAACGUUCAGUCGGUAAAGCAAGUCUACUCGGAAUAACGCAUACGACAGGUUUAAGUCUCAUUUCACAUGCUCACAACUAUGCUCUUGAAGCCAAAAGCCCUCCACAAGUGUUUGAUAUAUUGAUGAAGUCGGACAUGUUAAAUUGUCAGCAUUCAAUGUCUGACUUGAUGUCCGUUACUUUUGCAGAGAAAUCCGCGUUAUGGGCAUAUUAUGGCAAGACAGAAAUGGCUUCUCUUUGUGCUCAAUUAUUAUUACUUCAUAACACAGGUGAUAAGAAGCAACACAUGUUUAAUGGACCGUCCACAUGUCAGGCGAUCGUUACUGUCGCCAAUAUGUUAAUAGAAUUUGGCGAAUAUGCUUUCGCUGAUAUUGUGCUUGCGCAUGCUAAAAAAAGAUUUCCCAAUAGUCCCUGCAAUAAGAUAUGGAUGUUGAGCGAACAGUUGCAUAUUUUUACACAAUUGUUGCGACAAGAAAAAUGGAGUGAGGCAGAAGCGGUAGCCAGAAAUAUUUCCAGUUUAGAUCAGUUGGAAUCCAAACUCAAGUUAGCAGAAGUUUGUCUGAGCAAAGGUGAUUUUCCAAAAGGAUUAGAAUACAUUAGCGCUGUCGAGAAGCAUCCAGAUGUAUCUCCGCCAUACACGAUACGUACUGCGCUUCUCUCUAGUCAAAUAACAUGCGCCUCGUCUUCACCAGGCAAUGGAAUGACAGUCGCCACUAAUUGUAUAAUGCGUCUUUGUUCAGCCUUGGAAUUGGCUACACAAAACCAUUUGUCAUACUAUAAGGCGCUUAUCAAGAUGCAUCUUGCUAACAUACAAUUGUUGAUAGGUUUACCUGUGUUGGCUUUGAACUUGGUAGAGGAUGCUAUUCCCACCAUUCUUGGUCAUGGUGGUUGUUACGAUCAAGGCAAAGCAUUCAUGUUGUAUGGCAAGUGUCUGAUAGCUUCAGCAUCAGAGAAUCCUUCAGAGAUGCGGAAAGAAAUGAUUCUAAGUGGUAUAAAAAUCUUGUCAAAGGCACAGGUGCUCUUUGCUAAAAUCAACGCCAUUGCCAAUGUUAAGAACAUCAUGCAUUUGCAAGCUGUCUUCUACAACGAACUAGAUCUUUUGCCCGAACGAAAUCAGUGUGCUUUCGAGUUUCGGCAAAUGGACGAACAAUAUUUAACAACUCCUACCAAUCCAUUUUUGUAUUAAAAUUCAUAAAAAACUUUUUAUAUUAAAUUGAGACAAACGCGACAAAGUUGGAAUAUGCACUAAUGCUAAAGUAAGGAUCUCAAAUGGUAUAUCUCAGUCUCUUUUACAAUCUAGCUAAAAAAGUUUCACUGGGCAUUCAACAGAAUAUUUAUUUUGCAACUGUUAUCAAUUAGCCCCUCAAUCUUAAGUAUUUUCUCUAUAAUUUCUUUACUACUAUUAUUACUAUUACUUUAUUAUUACUACUCCUUUUAUAUCUAUUGGCUGUGCUUCCUGCAUUCAAAAUGGAAAUGUACUUGAGGAAAAAACGAUAAUUAUAUACAAGCGAUAACUGAAAAUGCAUAAUGACACAAUUCAAAAAGUUCUGUUUUAGGGAUAAAACACAUUCGAUCCACUCAAGGUCUGAAGGGGAUUCCUAUGAUUUCUUUAACAUUAUCUACAUAUGAUUCCAAUAGAUAUUUUCUACGAUAACACACAUUUAUAAAAGUCAAUAAACAUUUAUAGAAAAAAUUA